AAAUCGACCCCUUUUCCCUGUUCUUCCUUCCGAACUCAAAAUUUCAGAGUUACAAUCGCUCCGUUCACUCAGUUUUUUUAUCUUUUAAUUCACAAUAAUAACAACCCGCCAGCUAAAUGGCUGCAGCGGCUGCGACGACGGCGACGAUGGUGAGCUCCGCCGGAGCUUUAAUAGCAAUGCUUAAUGAGGAUCUUCCUCAACUCAAAAAGCACGCGCUUAACAAUCUGAACCGAUUCGUGGAUCAGUUCUGGCCUGAGAUCUCUACAAGUGUCCCACAAAUUGAGAGUAUGUACGAAGAUGAGCAGUUUGAUCAGGACCAGAGACAACUUGCUGCUUUGGUUGUUUCAAAGGUUUUCUGUUAUCUAGGUGACCUAGAUGAUUCCCUGUCAUAUGCUCUUGGAGCUGGUCGUCUUUUUGAUGUUACUGAAGACUCAGACUAUGUUCAUACUCUUCGUGCUAAGGCUAUAAAUGAGUAUGCUGCACGUAAGACAAAAGCAGCUGAAUCAAAUGUCGUGUCUACAAAUGUGGACCCCAGGCUUGAGGAAAUUGUGGAGAGAAUGCUGGAUAAGUGCAUUGAGGAAGGCAAAACCCAACAAGCUAUUGGAAUGGCUAUUGAAUGUAGAAGAUUGGAUAAACUUAAGCAAGCAAUAAUAGAGAGUCCUAAUGUUCAGUCAACAUUGUCUUAUUGCAUCAAUGUGUCCAAUGCUUUUGUCAAUAGUAGAGAAUAUCGACGUGAGGUUUUCCAUCUUCUUGUCAAUGUUUAUGAAACAUCGCCUUCUCCAGAUUAUUUGAACAUUUGCCAAUGUCUCAUGUUCUUGGGCGAGCCUGAGCGUGUAGCAAGCAUCUUUGAAAAACUUCUACGUUCGGAAAAUAAGAAUGAUGUUUUGAAUGCAUUUCAAAUAGCUUUUGAUCUCGUCGAGAAUGAGCACCAGGCUUUUCUGUUAAAUGUCAUAGAUCGCCUCCCAGCUCCAAAGCCUUCUAAUUUGGAGUCAGUACAGCCGAAAUCUUCCAAUCCAGACCCCCCUCAAAAUGAAAAUACUUCUGUGGAGGAUGUUCAAAUGACUGAAGGAACUUCAGCUUCAAGUGCUGUUCAUGAAACAGAUCCAAAGGAAGCAAUGUAUGCUGAGAAUUUGACAAAAAUCAAGGGAAUUUUGUCUGGCGAGACAUCAAUUAAGUUGACUCUGCAAUUUCUAUACAGUCAUAACAAAUCGGAUCUUCUUAUUUUGAAGACAAUCAAACAGUCUGUUGAAAUGAGGAAUAGUGUUUGUCACAGUGCUACUAUUUACGCUAAUGCAAUUAUGCAUGCUGGAACAACCGUAGAUACAUUCCUCAGGGACAAUCUGGAUUGGUUGAGCAGAGCCACUAAUUGGGCCAAAUUUAGUGCUACAGCAGGCCUUGGUGUCAUCCACAGGGGUCACUUACAGCAGGGAAGAUCAUUAAUGAGACCUUAUUUGCCCCAGGGUGGAACUGGUGGAGGUAGUCCAUACUCAGAAGGUGGUGCUCUUUAUGCUCUGGGUCUCAUCCAUGCAAACCAUGGUGAGGGCAUCAAAAAAUUCCUCCGUGACAGCUUACGCAGCACGAAUGUAGAGGUUAUUCAACAUGGUGCAUGCCUAGGUCUCGGUUUGGCAGCUUUAGGAACUGCUGAUGAAGAUAUCUACGAUGACAUCAAAAGUGCUUUAUAUACUGAUAGUGCUGUCGCCGGUGAAGCUGCUGGUAUUAGUAUGGGAUUACUUAUGGUUGGAACUGCAAGUGAAAAAGCCAGUGAGAUGCUUACUUAUGCUCAUGAAACACAGCAUGAGAAGAUUAUUAGGGGACUGGCAUUGGGGAUAGCAUUGACUGUCUAUGGAAGAGAAGAGGAAGCAGACACACUGAUUGAGCAGAUGACUCGGGAUCAGGAUCCUAUACUUCGUUAUGGUGGUAUGUAUGCAUUAGCAUUGGCCUACAGGGGAACUGCAAACAAUAAGGCCAUCCGCCAGUUGCUGCACUUUGCUGUUUCAGAUGUCAGUGAUGACGUCAGGAGGACUGCUGUUCUUGCACUUGGAUUUGUUCUGUACAAUGACCCAGAGCAGACUCCACGAAUUGUCUCUCUGUUGUCAGAAUCCUACAACCCACAUGUACGUUAUGGAGCAGCUCUUGCCGUUGGCAUUUCCUGUGCAGGCACUGGCUUGAGUGAGGCUAUAUCAUUGCUAGAACCUUUAACAUCAGAUGUCGUUGAUUUUGUUCGUCAAGGUGCCCUUAUUGCAAUGGCUAUGGUUAUGGUGCAAAUGAACGAGGCUUGUGAUUCUCGUGUUGGAACAUUCAGGCGACAAUUGGAAAAGAUAAUCCUUGAUAAGCAUGAAGAUACCAUGAGCAAGAUGGGAGCCAUCCUUGCUUCGGGAAUAAUUGACGCUGGUGGAAGGAAUGUGACAAUUAAAUUGCUUUCCAAGUCUAAGCACGAUAAAGUGACUGCGGUUGUCGGACUAGCCGUUUUUAGCCAGUUUUGGUACUGGUAUCCUCUCAUUUACUUCAUAAGCUUAGCAUUCUCACCCACAGCUUUAAUUGGGCUUAAUUAUGACUUGAAUGUUCCAAAAUUCGAGUUCAUAUCAAAUGCAAAACCAUCUCUAUUCGAGUAUCCAAAGCCAACUACAGUGCCCACCACCGCAUCUGCUGUGAAGCUUCCUACUGCAGUUCUGUCAACAUCGGCGAAGGCCAAAACUAGAGCCAAGAAAGAUGCAGAACAGAAAGCUAAUGCAGAGAAGGCAGCAGCUGGGGCAGAGUCUUCAUCUGCUGCAAAUAAUAUGGGAAAAGAGAAACCGACUGGUGAAAAGGAUGGAGAUUCUAUGCAGGUUGAUGGCCAGCCUGAGAAAAAAGCAGAGCCCGAACCUUCAUUUGAGAUUUUGACUAACCCGGCUAGAGUUGUACCGGGCCAGGAGAAGUUUAUUAAAUUCAAGGAAGAUAGCAGAUAUGAACCUAUUAAGUCAGCACCUUCAGGGUUUGUCCUUCUGAAAGACUUGCAACCAUCUGAACCAGAAGUGCUUUCCCUUACAGAUGCACCUUCAUCAACACCGUCACCGGCUGGUGGUUCAGCUGCACCACAGCAGGGGUCAGCAUCAACAAUGGCUGUUGAUGAGGAACCCCAACCACCUCAGCCUUUUGAGUAUUCCUCGUGAUUAUGGAAUUUAUAAUUCGGGCGCUUUUCGCUUGGGUGAAAAAAAGUGAACUGUGCUUCAGCAACGACUUCAGUUGCUGGAUAGUAACGAUCCAGCGGAAGUCCAGUUUGAGCCAAUCUGCAGCCACCCUUGUUGAGGGGAACAACUUUAUUAGGUACUUUGAUUUACAUAAAAUUGGAGUUUGUAGAUGUUAAUUUAGUAGUGAUUAUACAUUUCAAUUUGUUAUCAUAACUGUGUUUUUCGAAUGUUCUCAUCGACAGUCUUUUCCUUUC